GCGGGUCCACGGUCCUCCUGACAGCCUUGUGUCACAAAAAUGGCGGUCUAACGUGUCCAUGGAGUCUGUACUUCAUUCCCCCACAUGACCAAUACAUCAAGAUAAUUCCCCCUAAAUACACUGCUCCAUUUGAAAAAGGAGAGAAUGAUUCGCAGGUCAAGGAUCAGCGUUCGGCCCAACGUGGGGAGACCGGGUAGAGCUGGGGCCACCGCAACGGCCCAGGAGGCCCCUUCAACCCAGGAUGACCCCCCAGUCGAUCCUACGCCAGCAGAGGCCACUGCCCAAACGGAGGACGAUAACAACAUGACAGCGGCAGAAGUGGAGGACAAUAACAAUUCUACCACUGCAGGCUUGACGACCGCAAUUCAACGGGAAGCUGCUGAUGACCAUGGUGAGGCAUCCACUGCCCCCACCACCACCACCUCCAUCACCACCCCCGCCCCCACCACUAUUUCCUCUUCCGCUAACCUUCAAAGAAGGAAGCGUGUCUCCGUCAAGCCCAAAGUCUCCGCUGCCCCGAACCGGGCGUCUGCACGGGCGUCGGCAAACCAGAACAUCCAAACCCAAGCGUCCAAACCCCCCGCAGAGGAGGGGCUUGCUGGACCUCCGGGGUCAGACCUCGAAGAACCCAUCACAACGGCAGCAGCAGCAGCCCACCAUGUGGAUCCAAUCCCCAAGGCCCACAUAGAAGGUGCCGGACCAGGGAACGAUCCCACCACUCAGGAAACCCCCGUGGAGCCGACGCCAUCCGAGAAGGCCCAAAAUCUGGAGUCUCUUCCAGCGGGUCCGGCCAAAGAAGUCCCUCCAAAACCACCGGAUGAGGCGCCGUUCUCCAUCCCGGACAAGGAGGCGAGGGAGAACUCGGAGAGGGCCCGGAUCCUGUUGGCCAAGGCCUCUAAGGUGGGGACGACGUUGCCCAAGAACAUGCGACUGAGCCAGCUGCUGCACGACCAGACGGACCUGCAGAGGAUGGCCAAAGCCCAGAGGCUCAGGGAACUGCUCCGGCAGGAGAUGGGCAAGGAGAAGGAGAAGCAAGGAAACAGGAAGUCGAGAUACCGCCUGAAGGAGUACGCCCUGGAUCCCUCCAAGAUGACCAUGAGGGACCUGGUCCACUACCUCCCCGCGUCAAACCCCAUGACAGCCUAUUUGGAGGAGUCCGUUCCAGAGGAUGAGAGAGUGGUCCCAGCGUCGCCAACAAGAGAAGUAUCCACAGAGAAGGUCAAGGACCCCGAGGAUUCAAGCCUUAGGGCUGAGGUGGAGGAAGAUGAAGAUGAUGAGGUGGAGGAUGACGAGGAAGAGGGGGGGGUGAUGGUCCCCAGGGUGAAGGUGGCCGAGGACGGAUCUUUGAUCAUCGACGAGGAGAGUUUGACGAUCGAGGUGAAGAGGGCCAAGGGGCCCAACCCCGCCAAUGACAGGGACGCCGUCUUUGAGCGCGGCUCCACCACCACCUACUCCAGCUUCCGGAAGAAGACCCACUCCAAAGCCUGGUCUAGCGAAGAGACGGACAUGUUCUUCCUGGCAGUCAGCAUGGUGGGAACAGACUUCUCCAUGAUCGGCCAGCUGUUCCCUCACAGAGCCCGAUCCGAGAUCAAGAACAAAUUCAAGAGGGAGGAGCGGGCGAACUCCUGGAGGGUGGACAAGGCCUUCAAGGAACGGCGGAAAUUGGAUCUCAAGUUUUUUUCGAAGCUUCUGGAAAAGAUUCUGGAGCUUCAGAGCCAGAAAAAGAGGAAGCCCAAAGUGCCCAGUGAGAAGAAGACCAGAAAACCUACGAAGAAGGCUAACGGGAGGACGACCGCAAAGGACCUGAGCGACGUGGAGGAGGAUCCUCAGGGGGAGGAGGAGGAGGAGGAGGAAGAGCAUGACGGACAGGAGGAUCCCGACUACGUGGGGGAACGGCACAACGUGGGUGACGUGCCCGAGACCCCCGUUGACCCUUCCUCAGCGGAAAAACCCGUCGAGAGCAGCCCGUCGGACCAGAAGCCCAAGCCCAAGAUCAAAAGCAGAAAGAGGGCCAACAAGGAAGUGCAAGCGGAAACAUCCGUACCCGAAGAGGCGGAAGCAGCAGUGCCAGAGGACGGUUCAUCCAUCAAAGAGCCGGAAGAUGCUGAACAGGGGACCCCACCCGGCGACACCACGACCCAACCCGGCAAGCGGCCCCGGGCCAGGGCUGUUAAACCUGUCCUACCACCCCGCCGGAAGAAAGGAAAGGAGGCCGUCGCACUGCCCCCAGAUUCACCAGCCUCGAACUCCCAAGAUGCACCAGCCUCAGACUCCCAAGAGGCACCAGCCUCAGACUCCCAAGAGGCACCAGCCUCAGACUCCCAAGAUGCACCAGCCUCAGACUCCCAAGAGGCACCAGUCAAAAACUCCCAAGACGCACCAGCCUCAGACUCCCAAGAGGCACCAGCCUCAGACUCCCAAGAGGCACCAGCCUCAGACUCCCAAGAUGCACCAGCCUCAGACUCCCAAGAGGCACCAGUCAAAAACUCCCAAGACGCACCAGCCUCAGACUCCCAAGAGGCACCAGCCUCAGACUCCCAAGAUGCACCAGCCUCAAACUCCCAAGAUGCACCUGCCACGUUGGAAACCCUCGCAAGUGAUGCAGAAGAGGUCGAUGAAGAACCCUUUACCCAAGCCAAGAAAAGGAAGAAGCUGGAGUACGAUGAUGAUGAUGACAACGACAACUCCUCUCAAGAUGAAGUCUCCCCCAUUAAGAUUGAUCUCAAACCUACAAGGUACGGCAGGAUGCCCAAAGCCACCCAGCACCUGAACUACCCCGCCGCCGCCUCCCCCGGCCGACCCCCGACCUCCUCCACCCCCAGGCCCAGGCGGCCCCCCCACAAGACCUCCUCCUCCAAGGCGCCGGCCCAGGAGCCCAAGCAGUCAAAGCUGGUCAUGCUCCGGGCCUCCCCGUCGGACUGCAGCGACGACGAGGACGAGGACGACGAGGAGGAGAAGGAGGAUGCAGGACUGAAGAAGCCAGUUUGGGUGGGGUUGGAGGAGGAGGAGGAGGAGGAGGAGAACAGGCCCCGCGGGUCGGACCCCAUGGGGGUCAGCUGCGCUCCGGUCUUCGUGCCCGCCAGCCUCCGCUCCCCGCGCCCGGUGGUGUCGGCGGUGGAGGAGACCAUGGAGGAGCUUGAUAUUUUGGUUAAUGUGCCCGACGAUGUGCCCGACGUGUUGGACAUCACCCAAGACUCCUCCCACCACGCGCCCUUUGAGCAUGCGCAGAAUGAAAUGGACUCAGUACCAUUUGAGCAUUCCUUAGACCUGCUGGCUGAUGUGAUCGACUUUCUGUCUCCAGAUCAUGCGGAAGUGUCUGACAACGAGGCGGCUCACACCCUGCUGACCAUCGGCAACCGCUCCCUGCAAUCUCUCCUGGCCCACAUCGAGGAUCCGUCAGAGGCCGACUUCACUACAGAUUUACCGGCCGUCAGUGAUCCGGGCAUUACCAACCAGAAGGAAGACGUCGAACCCGAUGGCGACUUCCUUGACAUUCUCUCCGCCACGACGGCGCCUUCAGACGCACCCACGGUGGACUCGGCACAUCAGGACAUCAGUGCAACACACAACGAUCCUGAAGCUCUAACAGUGGACAAACCCAUUCCCGAUACCCCUAAUGCAUCCGGCAGUAGCAUUAGUGACGGCCCCCUCGCCGCUGUGAAGGCGGAACCAAAGCCUCUGCAAAGAGAAGCCCCCGUAGAGGCGGCGGUGCCGGUGGCGGCGAUCAGUUCCCCGCCGAGGAAGCACGGGCGGUUAGCCAAGAUCAAACCCAAGCCCAACCUGCUUCGGGCCUCCAGGGUCGCUCGACCUACGCCGAACGCCACGACAGAAUCACACGAGGCUGACGGGAAGCAGACGCCGGGAGCCGCGCACAAGGAGGAUGUGCCUGAGCAGGCGACGUUGCCAGCGGCGGUGGAACUGGAAUCUUCUGUUCCAUCAACGGGCCUUGUGCCACCAUCAUCUGCAGGAGGACUCCGGCCGCCUAGUAGGGAUGAGAUCCCAGAGGAGACACCUGCCGGACAGGAUGGGACCGCAGGGAGAGGACGGGGUCUUGAAGUAGAACCACAAUUGGAGACCUCAGUGAAGAAGGACCCUCAAGAAGAGGCCUCUGCAAGAUUUACAUUGGAAACUGUUCCGGAAGCGGCAACAGGGAGUGAACCUCGGACAGAUCCUGCACCAUCCCAUCCCUCCUGUGACGUUGCGGCCAGUGGAAUGCUGCCCGCGACUGCGGCAAAGGUAGCUGAAGUUGUACAGCCAAGACCCAUGGUGGCGAGGAGGAGACAAUUCCCCAAAGCCAAACCCAAUCUGGGCCGGGGGGCCCGAACCGCUCCUUCUGUAGAGUCGGACCCGACUAAGGUCAGUCCGGUCGGGAACGCCUCGUCUUCAGAACCACAACCCACAGAGGACAAGGUGACGCCGCCGGGGCCAGGAUCCACCCACGGCGCCACUGGUGACUUAAAAACGCACGGUCCUACCUCUCUGUCGCCGGUUACGUUGAUCAAAGCGGGAUCGGCUAUCACGCCCACGGGAGCAGGGGUCGGCAGAGAGGAGGGGAAGGGUGACGUCGUGGACUCCCCCGGAGGAAGUCGGGCAAUGGUAGCACAGGUACAAACCACAAAGGAUGACCACUCAGACACCUCGAAACAAGACAACGUGCCGGCCUCGCUUGGACCAGAACCGAAGCCCGUCGCAGAUCACGGAUCACGCUCCGAAGUAGGAACGCGACCGAGAACCGCCCGGCGUGUGGCGGCCCCCACGCCCCUGCAAGCCUCUCCGAAGCAAGCCUCUGAGCCCCUCGAACCGGAGACCUCUGGAUGCAUGGGGGCACGAAGGUCUCGUGCGGAAGGGGCGCAGGAGACAAGCGGCCCCGGGGCCACCAGGACCCCCGCUCCGGCCCCUCAGCCUGCUCAACGAGAGGAGGAACCCUCCCCACCCGAAGGAGGACCUGCGGUGGGAGACGGGGCGGUGCGGCCGCCGGCGGGCUCCAAGGAUUCCUUAUCCGACGGUUCUUCCUCGCAGUCGGAGGAGGGGGUGGUCCGGACGAAACCGCAGUGCGUCCCGGGCACAUCGAGGCGUCGCAUCAGCCAUGUCAAACCCAAGCCUAACCUGGGUCCUCAGGCCUCCAGGGUCAGCCACGUCAAGCAGCCCCCAACCCGGCGCCAAGUCCCACCGUCUCAACCCGACACAGGCCCCGGGACGCCAAGAGAGGCCCUCCCUUCGGACUCCCAAGGGGGGGGGGACGCCGUUGAGGAACACAGAAGGCCAUCGAGGUCCUCUUCGGUUGCGGCUCAGUUGGAUCCCGUGGUAUCCUCCGCAAAUGAAACAACGCUAAUUCCAUCUGUAAGAAGUACGCCAGAUUUUAAAAACACAAGCCCUGCGAACACCGAGAAGUCGCUCCUCCUUCCGGACCCCUUCGAUACGACCGAAGACGUCAAACCUCCAGCCUCGAUAGCAUCGUCAACAUGGGAAGCGAGCGUUGAGGGAACAACGUCCAGUCACGGCGCCUCGUGGUUGGUUGAAAACCCCUUCACGGUGGUGGACGAGGGCGUUGACGAGGUGUUGCCUAGCGUGGCUCAAGCAACAGCACCCCCUGUUGGUCAGGAGAAUUCAAGGGCUUCUAGGUGUGAUCAGGCCUCCAAAGCUCCAGCAUUUGAGCCCCUGAGCCGGCCAGUCGCAGAGACGAGCACACCCGCACCUCAGACAGGGCUCCCCGUCCUGCCGGUCCCCUCCGACCCGGAGGAACCCUUCUUCAUCCUCUCCCUCACCGAGAUCCCCGUCUUCCCCACAGCGGGGGGGGCCUUCGGGGUGUCUGAGGCCCCCCCCAAUCUGCCUGGGGCCGAGGCAGCCCCAGAGCCACUGAGCGACCCAGUGACCCCUGCGACCCCUGCAGGGAGGUCAUCAGGAAGGAGGUCCGGCCUCCGUCUGCACCAGGACGCCGGCUCCUCCCUCCCAACUCAGACGGCACACGUGACUGAGCAGCCAGACCACCAACAAGACCCUGAUCCAGUCCAAGCUCCAGAGCUACCAGAGGCUGAGGUCCGGUCUGUGGAGGCUGAACCUCCCAGUAAGAGGAGGAGAGCGUUGUCCGGUUCCAGGCAAAGGAAAAAGCCCAGUCCGAGCGCUGCUGACGCUGAGCCGGCUGAGGGGCCCCAGGACCCCCCCAGCAAGAAGAGGAGAGGGGCCCGUCGACAAGGGGAGCAGGCCCCGGUGGAGGUCCAGCCCAGGUCUACCGGGACGAGGCAGACCAGAAGGGCCUUCGCUGGGAAGGCCCCGAGUGCUGAUGUCCCCCAGUCGCAGGGCUCCACUGACACACCACCACCACCAGGGUCCACUGGGCUUCUGGAGGCUGAGCAGGGCGGGCGUACCCCAGACGAGCCCGGUGACGCCAGCCGGCCAAUAGAAACCCAACCUCCUAAAGCACCUGCUCUGAAGAGGAAGCCCAAGGGGUUCCUCUCGUUCCUCGCAGGCCCGGUGACCCCGGGCCCCUCUGGAACCCUCGGGUCAAAGGUCAGAGCGCCGCCCCUCGCCCCGCAGGUCAAAGCGUCUCGUGGCGUGGCGAGAAAACCGGGCCCCGCCUCAGAAGGCGGUGCCAAGAAAACGCCACUCAAAGUCGUUUCCGUGGCACCGCAGCGCAGGCCGGCGCCGGUGCCGGUGUCCUGCGUCAGUACGGGCCCCGCAGAACCACGGCCCGCCACCUCUGGAAGAACAGCUGAGACGGCCCCGCCCCACCAGGAGGACCAGCUGAGCGUCAGCAGGGGGGACGAGGAGCCCACCAACGUCUCUCAGUACUUCUUGAGCGACAUUUUUACAGAAGUGGACGAAUGAGUGGAUAAUCUUUUUUUAAUUAUUAGUAUUAUUUUUUUCAUUUAGUUUGUUCUAUAUAGAGAUAUUAAAGAUUAUUCAACUGUUUAAAGUUUAUGUGUACUAUUUAUUUGCUGCUGUUUAGUAUCUAGGUUUCAAACACUCUCAUUCUGACCUUUUGUUUGAAUUGAAAAUAGAUAUACCAUAACUCCUUUUGUGUAUAUUUUGGUUACUGUUAGUCCUCUGAUGUAUAUUAGUUGGUAACUCCUCAGAUUAUGACCAUCACUCAUGUUAUGUUGCUUGAGCAAAUCACAGAACUUAUGAUUACUGCAUCUCUGGCCUGUUGAAAAAGGUGCCAAUUGUAACCUCAUGAAACCAUAGUCUUUGUAAAGCUGCCAACAUUCUAUUCUUUGUAAACCCACCAGUGUCAUAGUGUCAGUGCUCAUUUUUGGGUCUCGUUUCUCAGGUUAGUGUUAAGUUUACUGUCUCAUACCCAGCAAGUUACCGUUUUCGAAAAUGUUCUGUACUUACUGUUUUUUGCUUGCGUUCUGCUGUUACUAGCUAAAUGUACCAUUGUUUUAAGUUGUCAGUGAUAAAAGGCGAAAACAUUUCGGACACAGUUUAGAACCACUUCAACAAUCCAUUGUCAUAAAUUACUUCAUUUAUUCAUCCUUUUCUUUCCUGUAAGAUAUGUUAAUAAAUCAAGCCUUGGAUACAA